CACCAUAUCAUGCUGUUUCUCCUAGACUUCUAUUGAUUUCCAUCUUGAUCAGUGUCUUUGUUGUGCUACUUAGCUAAUUAUUCCAACCUCAGUAUAAAUUUUUCCAAAUGUCUCUACUCAGUCAAAUCCAACAUUUUUCUGGUCAUCCCUUACAUGUGAGAAUUAUUUUUUUUUGCAUACUAGGCCAGAGCUCUGGCACACCUGCAGGCCAUAAAAGAUGGUCUACUAAAUAUGGUAGAAAAUGAUUGUGUAUUCUGAGGUAUUCUGAAGUGAUUUACUUAUUUGGAAAUUAAUUAUUACUUCCAUAAGCUUUUCUUAAAAAAUUAGUAUGCAAAAAUCCCACUUUAUGAAAUAGAAAACUCUAACUACUGUCUAAUCCAUUAUUAAAUUCUUCUUUUAUCUGGGAGUGUGUGGAUUCAGAAGUAAUAUAACAGCAGAGAAAAAGGUUCUUCUUAACAUUUUUUCUUUGCUGAUAAUAUUUAGAAUGGGAUUCCUACAUUUGCAUGAUUUCACCUGUUGCAAGAUCUUUCCAUUUUCCUCAGUAAAGCAAUAAUUUCCUUAAUGUUCAGAGAAUGAUUUACUCUGUGUUUGCACAUCGCAGAAACAAGAAAUAGCAAAAAAACCCACCACCUAAAACAAUCCUACAUAAACUUUUGAGUUUUUUAAUCUCUCACACUCAUGUUCUGUUUGUUUCAUAAUGAUCUGAUAAUAGGUUUUUGUUACCAAGUUCAAAUAUAUGUAUGGUUUGAAAAGUGAAAUUGGAAAUAAGUAAUUUGCUCUGUUUUCUAGAGGCAUUCCAGGAGACGAUAUAUCAUCUUUAUAUAGACAGUUUCCAAGUAAAGUCAAGCUUAGAAGAAACUGUAAUGGUUCUCAAAUGACUAGUUGAAGAGUAUAAAAAAAUACCCUCCAGAAAUUCUGUUUCUAUAUUGCAAAGAAUUAAGCUAUUGGAAAUCAAAUGUAGUCUAGACAUGAAAUUCUCAUGGAAAUUGCCAUUUCCUAAAGCUGUUCCUUUAGGGUCUAAAAAUAUUGGCUACUGCUGUCUUGAAGUGCAGUACAAUUUUUAUAGCAUACAACAACAUUUUAAGACUAUGCAUGAUAAAUAACCCAUGAACGCUGUCACUGCUGCCUAGAAUCACCAUUUUCACUUACCAUGGGUCUUCCUGAAUGGAUGUUGGCACUAGCCUUUAUGACUCCAAGUAGUUCUUUUCAUGUCUUUAACAUGCAGAUUGCUAGCCUGGGAAAACACUUACCUUUUCUACACUGCUUUGCAAUCCAAAUGAACUGCUGCUUCUGUAGUUUUCAGAAGUCAUUUAAAUUAGUUCCCUAAGCAGGUGAAGCAGUUCCAAGGCAUUUUAUAAUGAAGAUUUUCUUUAAGGCUGCAUUCCUGCUGUGUUAGAUGUGGAAACUCACUGGUAUGGGAGCUAGCAGGCAGGUAGUGAAAGCAGGGGGAAAGCAGACAAGUUCUGAGUGCCCGUGAGAAAGAACAGAUUUUACUCCAAGAAGGCCUUGGAAUAAAAUCCUUGAAAUCAAUCUGAGUCACGUUGAUACAUGCAAAGAGCCAGAAAUAGAAGAGGCACUGAUCUCCCUGCUCCUGCUUGCUGUGCUCCAGUAAAAGACAGCUGAAGGUGAUUUUGGCUGCCCACAUCUGUGCUACCUAUCUCUGCUGCACAUGUAGAGAUCUUCCAGCUGAGAGAUGUGAGGGGAUUGUAGCUCCUUCAGUCACCCCAGACACAGAUGGCAGAGCUUAUUUCCAGAAAAGAAAUGUUCUGGCCCUUAAGACACAUUCUGGUAGAAAAAAACUGAAGUCUGUCAUCUGAGAACAAGAAGCCAGAUUUUCUGAUAUCCAGUGGUUCUCGUAUCCUAAAUGACAAGAAUUAAGGAGUCCAGGAAACUCUGGAAUCUAAAAUUUAUUGGUAUAAACAUAUGCCUGGGAAAAUUUAAUAUGAAGUUACUUCUCCAAAGUGAAUGCUCCUAACUGGGGUGAAAAACACCUGCAUGUUUUCAGCCUUUCUACUCAGGUCUGAGAAGUUGUUGAAAAGUUUCCUGCAGCCUGAAAUGACAGAGAGCCUUGUAAAAAGGACACCCCUAUUUUACACCCAAAAAUAUUGCUUAAUAGGUAUUAAUCUGAAGAAAUAUACUGUAUGGUAAAGUUUUUCACAGACUACCAACAUUCUGAGAACCCACAGAGCAUUUAAUUUUUGUCUGAACAGAAGCACCUAAUGUCAGUGCACAUGCUACAAUGGAAACUGUAAGACAAAUACAAAGUUUUGGCAUCUGUGUUACCUGUAUGUAUCCUCUAGCAUCUGGUGUGGUGUUUGCCACUCUUCUAGUUUCUUGCUGCUCAUCUCUGAACAUAAGAGCUCGUCCACUUGUUUCUAAUUCACCUUUCCUUUCUAUCUGGAAUGCUCCUACAGAACUUUGUACUGAAAGGACUGGAGUGCAGCUGGACAUGAAUUUUUUUCCUCUAAUUGGAAGCACAUUAAAGACAUCCAUUGGGCAAAACAUCACUCUCUUCUAUCCAGACAGGCUUGGCUACUACCCUUACAAAAAUGAAAUCACAGGAGAGGCAUUCCAUGGCGGACUCCCUCAACUCUCGCUGCUGGAGAAGCAUUUAAAAAAAGCCAAAGAGGACAUCCAGUUCUACAUACCUUCAGAUGAACAACUUGGAUUGGCUGUCAUUGACUGGGAAAACUGGAGACCUGUGUGGAUAAGGAACUGGGGAUCAAAAGAUAUUUAUAGACAGGAAUCCAUUGAGCUAGUUCAGCAGAGAGAUCUCAGUCUAUCAGAAGCUGAAGCCAGAGCUAUAGCUAAAAUGGAAUUUGAAUUUGCAGCAAAAUCAUUUAUGUUGGAAACUUUGAAGCUGGGCAUAGAAACUAAACCAAAUCGUCUGUGGGGAUAUUACCUUUAUCCAGACUGUUAUAACUAUGAUUACAAACAAAACCCCCACAAUUAUACAGGAACCUGUUUAGAUAUUGAAAUAGAAAGAAAUAAUGAACUUAACUGGUUGUGGGAGAAAAGCACAGCACUUUAUCCAUCUAUCUAUCUAGAGACAGCCUUAAAAUCUUCCAGAAAUGCUCAACUCUUUGUUCGCAACAGAGUUCAAGAAGCCAUUAGAACAUCCCAUGUCUCCAACUCUAGUCAUCCCCUCCCAGUUUUUGUAUAUACGCGUCCAGUAUUCACAGAUGUCUAUGAGGAAUAUCUCUCUGAGGAUGACCUGGUAAAUACCAUUGGAGAAUCUGCUGCACUGGGUGCUUCUGGAAUUGUGAUCUGGGGUGAUAUGAAUUUAACACAAAAUAAGAACACCUGUAGAACUCUGGACAACUACCUUAGGAAGACUCUGACCCCAUACCUCAUCAAUGUCACAAUGGCAACCAGAUUAUGUAGCCAAGUGCUAUGCCAAGACUCUGGUGCUUGUGCACGGAAGAAAUGGAAUUCCAGUGACUAUCUUCACUUGAAUCCUGAGAAUAUUGCAAUUCAAAUGGCAAAAGAUGGAAAAUACACUUUACAAGGGCAACCAUCAUAUCAGGAUCUGCAAACGUUCAUAGAAAAAUUUGAUUGCCAUUGUUAUGCAGGGCACAGCUGUGAACCUAGAGCUGAUAUAAGUGACAUCCAUUACCUCCAUGCUUGCAUUUCAGAAGAUAUUUGCAUUCAGAUCUCCUCAAAUUCAUUUUCUAACAUAGAAGACUCUGAAGAAAAGAUCCUGUCUAACAGAACUGCAUUUUCAUUUACCUCUGAGAGUAAGGUGACAUUAUCUACACAUCCUGAAAUAGAAGAUAUCCAAUCUACCUUUGGAAACAAUAUACUGAAUAUAACAACUGCAGAAUAUAACUCUGUUACAACUGCCAGUAGCCAUGGUUUAGGAGAAAAUGAUACUCGCACUUUCAAUAGUUCUUCAUCCUAUAAGAUAAGGAUGUUUAAUCUGUUUCAUUUAAUUCUUCUUUUGAGAACCUUAAUACAAAUGACCCAUGAAAGUGAGAAUAUCCUUUUCCCUGAAUAUAUUUGAAAUUCUAAAGGUUUUAUUUACAAAACAAACAAAUUCCUGAAAGGCUUAUUGUCUUAUCUGUAUCAGGUAACCUUUUCUAAUCCAUAGGUGUCACUUCAACCUGAAUGUAUUUCUUCAGUUUAGUUCUAUAAACUAAUAUUUGUGCCAAAGAUAUAUUGGUCUAUAUAUACUGCCUAUGCCAUAUGAGAGGAUAAUCCAGAAUAAGAAACUUUUUUACAGCUUACAUUUUUAACCAUUAUACUUGGAAAAAAGUAAUUGUUGACAAUGCUCUUUCGUGUACUUCAAAUUAAGAAAUUAAAUAUAUAAUAUAUAAAAUAAGUCAUCAGGUUUGAUGCUCUAUGCAAGAAUUAAUUUCAUUCCAUAUAAAUGGAAUUAUCUUUUAAAAAUAUUUGGCUUAACUUUAGAUCUGUGGAACUCUGCAGCAUAAAAUUUAUCUGAUAAAUGUAAUGUUCCUCUACUUUUCAUAAAAUCUUUAGGGAUCCUGUAGUUUUUUCUUUAAAUGAAAUACAUUUGUAACUCUGCAAAAGAUUCUAAUUUCAGUGUAAAUAUUGACUUUGAAUAUUACAGCUUCAUUAUUUAAAAUUUGAGCUGUAGCAGUUUAUGCUUUCUUCUCACAGACCCUCCCCCUUAUUUCAGAAGUCCCUUUCCUGGUUUACAGUAGUUUUGUCUUGCCAAUACUCACAACUCAUGCGCUCUGCCUGUGCAUUCUAGCCAGCACAGGUCACUAGUCCUAGAUUCUCCAUCCAGCUGUCCUUAGGAACUGGAUAGGGCUGUAUGUGACACUUGGACAGAAGUCUGUGCAUGGGACUGUAUGUCUUGUUUCUUUCUGAGGAGUCUCAUUUGGUGAAAACUAGUUUGUUCCUUAGGAAAACUCAGCAGUGGAGGCAGAAAAAUAAGUGUCACUGGGCACCUGAGACGAUCUGAGAACCACCCUUCAGAUUCAGAACUUAAAGUAUUUGCUUAAUACUAUUCCAUUGCCAAAAUCAGUGUGACAGUAGCAGAGAUACCUCAGAAGAAAAUCAUGCCCAGUAUCAUAUCCGGAGUCUAGUUAUGAUUAACAUAUAGUCAGUUUAAGCAUUUGAAGCAAUUAACUGCAGUUUAUUUGAAAAAAUAACCUUUCAAAUUAUUAUGUCAGAUGUGUAAUAGACAGUUUGCCUUCUGAUGGGUGAAGGGUGGCUGUUGGCAUGGAUUAAAAAUUUCCCUAGAGCCAGGCAUGAUCUGCAAAAAUAAUUCAACACCUCCCACAGAUAUAACCUGCCUCACUAGUGAAAAUAACCAGGACUUCAAUAUAGUGCCCAUUUAAUUAUAAAAAGUUCAUUCCUUAAUCCAGCAGAAAACAUGUAUUAUAUACAUUUUCUUUGACUUUUCAGGUUGUUGGUCAUAACAGAGAUGCAGAAAAUAGAUGAAGCCUUUAACUUAACAUGGAGAAAUAAUGUUUUAUGGCUUUUGAACAGCAAGUUAUCAAGACGAAGUGACAAUUUUCUCAUCCCAGUUACAGUGAUAAGUCCACGAGUCAAAGCUGUUUCUGCCAUUAAUGUUCCAAGUGCAAUCAUGAAUAAAAAUAUAUAUAAGUAGCAGAUUGUUCAGCACAAAAGAAUCCAUAUGGUUUUGACCACCUGUGUAAAACCAUGCUUUUUUCCUCUGCAGCUUUGAUACUGGUUAUUUCAUCUUGGGUAAAGAAAAGGCAUGGUAUCAUAACUCCUUUGCCUGAACUCCCUUCACACUGCAUUUGUGGUAACUAUCAAACGGUCUCUAAAAACUGGAAACAUCACUGGUAAUGCUUUAGCAAAAUUUGUAUGACUUACAUGAAAUUUUAUUUUUUUCACAAGGCUUUGACAUGGUUAAACUGAAAGAUACUGGAUCUGUAGCACUUUGUGGUAAGACAGCUUGCAGGUUCACAAAAUCUGCAAGUCUUACCAUGAAUACUUUUGAUUAUCAGCCAGGUAAUAGCAAGAAUAAAAUUUGUGAUGAUUCAAGCAAGAAAUCACCAAAAAAAGGAGGAAUAAGAAGAUAAAAUCACAGGAGAGUUGAAACAGAGCACCAAGGACCUCCCAAUGGAUGCAGAGGAGUGAACUGCAGAAGUGAAAGAGUGAAGCAGUGGGGAAUGUGGACUAACCAGUCUCUUCCCAUUCAGCAUUUUUAUCUACCUGUUACUUAAUAUUGACAACCUUUCCCCAAAACUCACUGUAGAUAUAAAGGAAUACACUAACUGAUAUGUUAGAUCUGUUCAUCCAAUCCCAUCUCUUUUUUAUUCUUGAGAACAGCCAGGACCAGAAAAGUAAAAGGAAGAUGAGAGGAAAGCAGUCUAUUGCAAUAAACUGUGCCUUCCUAAGAUGCAUAUGUAAGUAGCUAUCUACCUUGUGCUCUGAUGCACAAUGCUUUUCCAACCACCUUUCAAAUGUUCAUUCAGGAUUAUUUAUGUUACCUAUGUGUGUCUGCAAUUCAUAUUUUAAAUCCUACAGACUUCAGGAUUUAGGUCUGCUAUGUGUUAAAUUACAGUAUUUUCCAAAUAUAUUAUUUUUCUCUGUAUUAUAUUUGUCUUACCUAUAUUCUAUGAUAAAGAGUCACCAUGGAGUCAAUGAGUCUCCACAGAGUAGAAGGAAAGAAGAGGUGCUAUGCAUUGCACUGCUGGUGACUAUCAUAUGUUCAAAGCCAAAUUUAUUUUCUCGUGAAGUGGACCCAUUUCCGAAGAGAUUUUCUUCUAUCCACUGUAUUGCCUGUAAUCAUUAGUUAGCCUUAUAGUUUUCAUUGCUUGCAUUCCUGUAAUUUUGAAAAGAUUAAAUACUAGAGGAACAGUUCA